GACCAUUUACUCUUACGACGCUAACGACCGUGUCGCUAUGGCACUUAUUGCUGCCCAGUACAACGACGUUCAUAUUCAUACCCCGGAGUUCAACUUUGGUGUGGAAAACAAGACGGAGGAGUUCCUCAAGUUGAACCCCAUGGGAAAGGUUCCUGUGUUGGUGACUCCUGAGGGUGCCAUCUCCGAGUCCACGGCCAUCGCUCGUUAUAUUGCCCGCAUGCGCAAGGACACUGGCCUCAUGGGAGCGACUUUCUAUGAGCAGGGUCAGGUUGACCAGUGGAUCGACUGGUGCAACGCGGAGCUUCUCCCCGCCGUCAUGCCCUGGUACUACACCGUGAUGGGAUGGAUGCCCGUGAACAUGAAGAACGUGGAGACUUCCAAGACCAACACCGCUCAGAAGCUCGCGAUUCUGAACGGAUGGCUCGAGAAGCACACCUUCCUGGUUGGCGAGCGCAUCACCAUUGCCGAUAUCAUCGCCGUGUGCAUGCUGCUGAGCCCCAUGAAGUUCCUGAUGGACGCCAAGUUCCGUGCUCCCUAUCCUUCUCUGGUGCGCUGGUUCGAGACCUGCGUGCAUCAGCCCCAGUUCGCCGCCGUGAUCGGCGCCGUGGACCUCUGCGAGGAGGCUCUGACCGUCGUGCUGCCGAAGAAGGAGAAGGCGAAGAAGGAGGAGAAGCCUAAGAAGGAGGAGAAGGCGAAGAAGGAAGAGAAGCCCAAGGAGGAGAAGCCGGCUGCGAGCCAGCCGAAGGCGAAGAACCCGCUGGAGCUUCUGCCGCCGUCGCCGUUCGACCUGGACAACUGGAAGCGCAUCUACUCGAACACGCACAGCGACUUCUACUCGGUGAUGGACAAGUUCUGGCCGAUGUACGAUCAGGAGGGCUGGUCGUGCUGGAUCUGCGACUACAUGUACAACGAGGAGAACACGCGUGGAUUCAUGACCGCCAACCUGGUCUCCGGAUUCAUCCAGCGCUCCGACUCCCUCCGGAAGUACGCGUUCGGCAACAUGAACAUCCUGAAGGACGCCAACGAGCCCUUCUAUCGCGUGAUGGGAGGCUGGCUGAUCCGCGGAACCGCCAUCCAGCCCAUGCUGGACGAGAACCCCGAUGCCGCCUACUACAACUGGAGAAAGGUCGAUGUCACCAACGAGGACGAUAAGAAGCUCCUGGCCGACCUCUGGUGCGCGUCGGAGACCAUUCAGGGAAAGGAGAUCAACUCGAACGAGGUCUUCAAGUAAGUCAGGCAGCAAGCAGGCAGGCACGGAAUGGACACUUUUUGGUUG